AUGUCUGAGCUGAAUCCAACCAACGAACCCUUAGUCAAGAAAAUGAGGAUCACAACGUCCUCGAAGUCCUCAGUAACCUCUUCGGGUAGUUUUGAGCAGCACCAGGCCCACGCCGCCUGGUUGCAGGAUCUUUGGACAACACUCAAGGGAGUCACGGCACACCUUAUAAAUGUACACAGGGAUGCCAGGAUGAUCAAUGACCGCGCGUCGGACGAUGUUCUGCGGGGAGCAAUGGAGAGGAUUCUCGAUCAUAAUAACGAGUCGUUUGUAUGUUUAAAUUCAUUACUUAACAUUUAUGGGGAACUGCUUAAUGCGCCCGAUUUUAGCGCUCCCCCGACCACCGACAAGUCUGUAUCUACAUCUGACGCCUCCACGGACAUGAUCCUGACCCCGGGCCACUGGGAUAGUGAUGCGGUUAUCGAGUCCAAGGCAGCCUCGGCACGCAGGUCAAGGAAACCAAAGGUGGCAGGCAAACAGGCUGCCCGGGAUGCCGAAACCGACGCCAUGGAAACGGACUGCGAAGAGUGGUCGAAAGUCUAA